UGCCCACUGAGUAGGAACUUUGAGGAGAUUCAGGUACUUGCUUGACCACUGAAGGCCAAUUUCGAAAUUUUACAGCGCCACUAUGAGGAUUUUGGACACGUGCUGCCCCUUAGCUCUAGCUUUUGCCGCGUGUUUACACCAUCGACUCCAGCUGUUCUUUCUCACGCAAGUCUCAUCUUACCAUCUUUACCACCGACUACCUCUGCUCUUUGGGGAAAACUUCAAAUUCCUCCUGCUUUGGUCCAUCUCUUUUCCUUUUCUUUCUCGCUGUUAGGGUUUGUUGUGUCAGUCUGCUGGGCUAUCCGGUUAGUUUACUUGCCGCUAGGAGUACCGACGCUUCAAAAAAUUUACAUUAAUGGAUCAUCGACAAUCAAAAAGUAGUUCUCGCUCAACGAACGAAGCUGAUGAUAAAAAUACCAAACACCGUAAAAUAGAUGAUUGUGUAACAAUGACUCAAAAGGAAAAAAGGUUGUUGCAACGCCGCCUCAAAUAUCGACAAGCAGCAACCAAUCGCCUUCUUGCAAAUAUAAAUCAUGUCAAUCCCAUUAAAUCAAUAUUUCAAAUCCAGGAUGAUUUUACGGUCGGAGUCUCUUGUUCUACUUCAGAAACAGUUACAGAGCGAUCAACUAUUCCUUCAUUGGAUGUCUCUGACAAAGGAAAAGAUCUGCUUGAUCCUUUUCAUGUUUUUGAAAAAGGUUCAACUUCGGGUACCGCAAAUGAAUCACGUACUCCAACCUUUGGAACAAUCAUAACUAACGGUCGUAUAGAGAAUAAGAAAAGUAUGACUAAUCUUAAUCGACUACGCUCAGAAUAUGUUCCAUUAAAGAAAGUUCCACACUGUACAUUCUGCUAUGCAAAAAAAUUUCAGUAUGAAUCACCUGGAUUUUGUUGUAAUAAUGGUACAGUCAAGUUAAGCACUCACCGAAUGCCAGUUAGGUUGAGAAAUUUAUAUCUAGGAAAUGACGCAGAAAGCAAGCACUUUCAAACGUACAUUAGAACAUAUAACAAUCUAUUUGCAUUUACUUCAUUUGGUGUCAGUUAUGAUAAAGAUUUAGCCAAAAGAAACCGUGGUAUCUACACGUUCAGAGUUCAAGGGCAGAUGUAUCAUCUGAUAGAUGAUUUAUAUCCCAGAGAAAAAAGGCCGAGAAAUUUGCAAUUGUACUUUUAUGAUAAUGCAAAUGAGGUUGGAAAUAGAAUGGCUUGCUCCGAUAAAAUAAACGAAUCGAUAGUCAAGGACUUGAUGGACAUACUAAAAGAUAAUCCCUACUCUAUAUUUCUUCGAUCUUUAACAGACAUUCCAAAUUUGCAAAACUUUCAUAUAACAUUAAAAUGUGAUGCGGGAUUGGAUCAACGUGUAUACAAUCUGCCUACUACGACUGAGAUUGCUGCAAUAUGGGUUGAUGAAAAUGAUAGUCGUGCUACUCAUGCACCGCAUGUUCAAAUUUAUACUCAAAGCGACAAAACACACAGAGUAAACUAUUAUUUUGGAUGCUAUGAUCCUUUACAAUAUCCAUUGUUAUUUCCACAUGGUCAAGGUGGGUGGCACUGUGGUAUUAAGAAGUUUCACGGGGCAAAAAAUUUUCCUAGAGAUCAUACUUUAUUUGAAUUUGAACACUUGCCGAAUGUAAAGAAUUUUACCUCCGUUGAUGGAUAUCUCGAUAUGGAAGCUCAAAAUCUACAAAAAGGAAAACGCAAAAGAGAUGCAGUUUCGGUUCGUGAAUACUAUUGUUACAAACUCCAAAUGAGAAAUGAUGAUGAAGAUGAAAUUCUACAUACAGGAAGACUAUUUCAGCAGUAUUCAGUUGAUGAAUAUAUAAAAUUGGAGACUCAAAGAUUGGAUUUUGUUACAUUCAAUCAAGAUUUGUUUAGAAUGAGUAUGUUGCAAGGACUUCUCGACAUUUUAAGACUUGGUGAACGAGAUGCUUCUAACGUUGGAAAACAAACAUUUUUGCCUAAUUCCUUUGUAGGAGGCCCUAGAGAUAUGCGCCAACGAUAUAUGGAUGCUAUUGCAUUAGUACAAUCUUUUGGGAAACCUGAUUUGUUUAUAACUAUGACAUGCAAUCCAUCUUGGAUGGAAAUAGAGGAACAUUUAUCAUCAAGUGAUGAGGCGCAAAAUAGACCUGAUUUGAUUAGCCGGGUGUUCAGAGCCAAAAUAGAAGAGUCGAAGACGGAUAUAUUAAAGAGAAAUAUCUUUGGGAAAGUUACCGCUUUUAUGUACACUGUUGAGUUUUAGAAACGAGGUUUACCCCAUGCUCAUUUUCUUAUUAUAUUAAGUAAUGAGCAUAAAUUGUUGACUGCUGAGGCAUACGAUGAUAUAAUUAAAGCAGAAUUACCAGACGAUAAUGCAGAACCAAAUUUGCGUAAACUUGUUCUUAAGCAUAUGAUGCACGGUCCUUGUGGUAAUUUAGAUCUGACAAAUUCUUGUAUGAACAAAAAGGGUUGUUGUAAGUUCAAAUAUCCAAAAGAUUUUGCUGAUCAAACAUUAAAAGGAAAUGAUUCUUAUCCAAGUUAUAGAAGACGGAAUACAGGAGAAGUUGUACAAGUGAGAAAAAAAUAUUUAGACAACUCUUGGGUUGUUCCGUACAAUCCAUAUUUACUUGGAAAAUUUAACUGUCACAUAAAUAUCGAAGUUUGUUCAAACAUCAAAGUCAUGAAAUAUCUUUACAAAUACAUUUGUAAAGGACAUGACAAAAUAGCAUUUUCUGUACAGAAUAAUGAUACAAAUAUAGAGAUAGAUGAAGUCAAAGAGUAUCAGUCUGCUAGAUGGGUAUCACCUCCAGAAGCUAUAUGGCGUCUCUUUGGUUUUCCUAUUAGUGAAAUGUCGCCGAAUGUCUAUCGUCUUCAACUACAUCUUGAAGGCCAGCAAUUUGUUUCUUUUAAAAGCAAUAUUGAUAUAAAUACGAUUGUGAAUAAUCCAAUGAUAAAAAAAACAAUGUUAACAGAAUUCUUCUACAUGAACGAAACUGAUGAAGAUGCUAAAGAGCUCAAUUUAUUGUACAAAGAAUUUUCUGAAUACUUUGUGUGGUCCUCUACUGAUAAAUUUUGGGCACGUCGAAAACAACGUUCUGCUAUUGGUCGCAUUGUAACGUGUCACAACAGAAGGAGAACGAUAUUAUCUAAGGUUACUACUAUUGCAUGUGCGAGGACCUACAUCUUAUAAGGAUCUUUUGACAGUAAAUGGGGAACCUUGUAGUACUUUUAGAGAUUCCGUGGAAAAAAGAGGAUUGUUACACUGUGAUAACAGUUUGAUAGAAUGCAUGUCUGAAGCUGCAAAUUAUCAAAUGCCAUAUAGUUUAAGGCGUUUGUUUGCUACUUUAUUAGUAUAUUGUAAUCCUACUAAUCCAAGAAAAUUAUGGGAGCAAUUUGAAGAGUCAAUGAUCGAAGACUAUAAAGUGUUACAAAAUAUAGAAAGAAGAGAAAUUCGAUAUCAAGCUCUGAAUAAUAUCAACGAUAUUUUAUAUUUUAUGGGUCAUGAUAUAAA